CGUAGAAUCGAUCUGGCUACUCUUCUUGCUUGGAUAGGGAGAAUCGGGUGGGAGUUAGCUGUGUAAUGGCGGCCUCGGUGUUGCUGUCUGUGGAGAACACCGGACCCACUUUUGCGGUCGGUAACUCCGGGGCGGUAGGGGUCCCCGGUAAUGGAGUAGGAUCACCAGGUCCCGCAUCGUGGAAUCGAUCACUGGACAGGGCAUUAGACGAAGCUUCGGCAACUGGUUUCCUCAACCUCAGCGGCAGGAAACUAAAGGAGUUCCCGAGGAGCGCCGCCAACCACGACUUGACAGAUACGAUUCGGGCCGAUCUGUCCCGAAACCGUUUGCCAGAGCUACCCAUGGAGGUGUGCAUGUUUGUGUCGCUGGAGAACCUGAACCUGUAUCAGAAUUGCCUGCGCUCCUUGCCUGAUAGUCUUCUAAACCUUCAGGCCCUCACCUACCUAAACAUUAGUCGGAACCAGUUGUCAACUCUGCCUGAUCCGGUGUGCAGUCUCCCAUUGAAGGUCCUGAUUGCCUGCAACAACAAGCUUGUUUCUCUGCCUGAAGAGCUGGGCCAGCUACGACAACUCACAGAACUGGACGUGAGCUGCAAUGAGAUCCAGACUCUCCCUCCUCAGGUGGGCCAGCUGGAGGCGCUCCGUGACCUCAACAUCCGCCGGAACCACCUGGCCCGCCUUCCCCCAGAGCUGGCAGAGCUGCCUCUGGUUCGUCUGGACUUCUCCUGUAACAAGGUGACGUCCAUCCCUGUGUGUUAUCGCAACCUGAGGCACCUGCAGAGCAUCUUCCUGGACAACAACCCCCUACAGACCCCGCCCGCACAGAUUUGUAUAAAGGGGAAGAUCCAUAUAUUCAAGUAUCUGAAUAUGGAAGCAAGCAAGACCACGCCUGAGCUUCCAGACUAUGACAGGAGACCACUUGCCUUUGGAUCCUGUGUGGAGGAGCUGUACCCUGGGAGGCCGUACGGAGCGCUGGACUCUGGCUUCAACAGCGUGGACAGCGGGGACAAGAGGUGGUCAGGCAAUGAGCCCGCAGAGGAGCUGUCCGACCUGCCGAUGCGCGUGGCGGAGAUCACCAAAGAGCAGAGGCAGCGGCGGGAGAGAGAGAGGGAGGAGCACAGACCCGCCUCCGCCGUCGCCAACGGCACACAUCCUUCUAACACAGCAAGGUCUGGGUCUGUAUGCGUUCCUCUAGUGGAGGCCGAGCUGGAGCAGAUCGACUACAUCGACAGCUGUGCGGGCGAGGAGGAGGACGAGGAGGGGGGGAGGAGGAGCCGGACGUCUGACGUCCUGACCACCCAGUUCAUGGCGUACAUUGAGCGCCGCAUCACCAGAGAGGGCUCACCGGGCAAGUCCAACCCCACCAAAGACGCGAGGGCAGACGAUGCGCGGAGACCAAACUCUCUGUCAAGCAGGAGUGGCCAUGACAGUGGCAUUACAGCCGCCUCUGCUUCUCCUAAUCAGAGGGCUGGCGGGGCUGGGGUUGGCCGGGGCGUGGAGAGGGUGCGGAGGGAAGCCCAGCUGGCCGCCCUACGGUACGAGGAGGAGAGGCAGAAGUCUCGCUCCAUGCAGAGAGAGGCUGUCAUGACCUCUGUCAAGCACAAAGCAACCAGCCCUACCAAGCUGAGUCCUGAGAGUGAGAACACAUACCCCUCCAGACGCUCCACCCAUACCGAUGACUCCGCCCUCUUUGUGAGCGAGUACCAGCCCCUCAUGGUGUUUGAGAUAGACACUGACACCAACACUAUAAAGAGGAGGCCUGGCACUCACAAACAGUCUCUCUCUGGACGGUCCCUAGAUGGGUGUCUGUCCCGCUCUACAGACCCCCCCCUCUCCUGUCAGUUGCAGCUUGGGGAUGAGCGGGCAUCUCUAUCUACCACAGCCAUCCAAUCACCUGCUUACUCUGGCCUCAUUGGCCAACCCACCUGCCGAGGUCCCGGGCAACGACCAGACAGCUUUCUGCUUCGCCUCAGCCAAAAGGAAGAGAAGAGGAGAGGAGCCUCGUCCGCCCCCAGGCCAGAGCCUGAGGAGGUUGCCCCAUCUCAGCCUCCGCCCCAGGGGCUAGUCGGUGAAGACGCUGAGCUAGUGGAGCAACUGCGGAAAAACAUUGAGUCCCGUCUGAAAGUGUCCUUGCCCAGUGACCUGGGAGCAGCGCUGACUGACGGAGUUGUGCUGUGCCAUCUGGCCAAUCAUGUGCGGCCGCGAUCUGUGCCCAGCAUCCAUGUGCCCUCUCCUGCUGUGCCCAAACUUACAAUGGCCAAAUGUCGGCGGAACGUGGAAAACUUCCUGGAGGCGUGUCGCAGGAUCGGGGUUCCUCAGCCUCAGCUGUGUCUCCCCCUCCAUAUCCUGGAGGAACGGGGGCUCCCUCAAGUGGCCGGGACCGUGCGUGCACUUCUGGAGCUGGCACCCCCGAAAAACUCUCCCUCCCCUGCCAUCGCCACAGCCACUACCCCUCUGGCCAUGUAAGGCAGAUUGACACAAUUAUUCACCGAUGGAAAAGACACAGGACCUCCUAACUUCUCCAUGGAUAGCCUCCCAACCUGCCCCAUUUCCAAGAAGGGUGGAAUAAAAAGAGACUACUGCAAAGGCUCUGCAUAUCCCCAUACUUCAAGUGACAUUUCCUUUUACAUUCGACAUUACCCCAGCCAUUAAAGGGGACUCCAAGCCCUGCCUUCCCAAGCACGUCUUCCCCCUAAACCCUGACUGAGACACGGCUGCAAGAGAAAGGAAGAUGACCUUUGCUCUGCUUCAUUAAUCCAUACAGACUGCUUCUGACUAGCAGCCUUGAGGACUGACUGACGGAUGGACAGACAAGGGACUGUCACAAAUGGCUGGAAAAGAAAAGAUCUUUUAAUUCUAAAUAUUAGUCAGUCUUUUUCACUUUUUCCAUAUUUUUUCUCUCUGUGGGUAUUGUUUUAUUAUUAUAAUAUUAUUAUAAUAAUUAUUAUAAUUGCUAUUAUUGCAUAUCAUUUUUAGUAUUAAUUUACCGUCACUUCAGAUCCUUGCAUGUGGGGGAUGGGUGUGUUUGGAGAAUAUAACUGGUUUGUCGCCUGAGUAACACUAGGUUGAGUGCAACUAAAAGUCAAGUGUGCAGGAAUAAUGGUGGUUGCAUCAGUCGUUGCUACUGCCAACUCAUGGAAUUUUAUAACUGAUUUAACCACAUUUUGAAUGUUGGCUAAAUCAAUCAAAAUCUCUGCCGGGGGGGGGGAAGAGUUUUCCAAAAGAUUAUUUUUCUUUUGUUAAAGGAUACAUGUACAAAUAUAUACUGUAUAUAAACUCUGAAAUUACUGUGCAAUGCAACAUGGACACAGGAUUUGAAUGUGUGGAUGCUGUCCCUAAUCGCUGGUCCGGGACAAGUAGUAGAAGAUUAAACUAGCCUGAUGGUUUGUGUUACGGGUGGGGUAGGGAAGACUGAUCCGCGACCAGUGUUUACAGACAACUUCUUCCUUGAGCACCACUCAUUAAGGCUCUUAUUUAGGGCAUAUGGGCAGGUUGAGAGACUGCAUGAUGCCAACCUGCUCCCUUGCAUUUGUUUGUGUUUUUUUAUGAUGAAAUCCUGAAGUAUAGUUAUUCUAAGGUCUAGGGUAAUGACAGCUGUUAGGACCAGGGGCUAAGGUGGACACGAUAGUCAGAUUAUUCAUACACUACCUUGUUUCAACUUGCGUUUUAUUUAACUGCCUCACAUUGGAGUUUUGCAACAAGUAGACUGUGGUGUAGCAGAUAUAGCUAACUGUGGUCUUUUAAGAAUGUUGUAUAUGCACAGGACCCAUUAUUUUUAUACUUGUGGGACGUUUAGCCAUACUUGCAUGAGAAUCAAGGUCCUCUGUUUACUAUUGACAGAGCCUUGAAAUUCAAAUGGUUGAGUAUUUUUCGUAGGUUUGUACUUGCUGUACUCAUAGCUGCACAGAUCAUUCAUUCAGCCAAGCGAGUGUCACAGCCCCAUUCAAAGUCUACCAGACUGGAGGCUUUAAACAGUGUCCCUGCACUGGCCGUCCACACCAUCAUUGGACUUCUCUAAGAAAGGGUUGGAAAUGUGGUUUAAAUAGGCAGACACAAUCUGGAGAUCAAGAAGAGAGACUGGGAGUGUAGGGGGGCUUUUGAACUGAACUGAUGCCAGAGCUGACACUUUUUACAAAUGCAUGGUCCAGGCUGACCAAGGGGAGCAUUGAUUGACAGGGCUCUUAGGACUUUUCUUUUUCAAAAUUCCCAGCCUACAUGGAUAUUAGGCUCUUUAGGGCCGUGCAUCUUAAAUAACAGACAUUUUUUUUAAAAGAGGUAUGUUUUGUACCAUUUUAACUUGCUUUUUGAUAGACCAUGAGUUCUGAAAAGGGAAGUUAAAACUGAUUUAAUUAUAGAUAUAUUAUUAUAAAUGUUUGUAUAGAUAUUUAAGUGUUCUCUCCCAAACUGACUGACAUUUCCCCAACAGUAAUCAUGUGACCCUAUUGCAGGGGUUUGCUGCCCUGCGUGACUUUGUACAGUUAGAGAUACAUUCCAUACGUUUACAAGUAUGAUCUACUUCCCACAUAAACAAGGACCGUUAACAUGGUCUUUUUACAUUUUUACUUUUAAUUUUUACACCGUUUGCUGGAAGAUGUCUCUAAAACAUGCAAAACAAAUUUGAACACAUCUGGAAUGACUAUUUGGAGUUAUCUUUAAAGUGCAUUAAUAAAAGUUUCCAAUUUGAA